AAUGGACUUAUAUAAAGUCUGUAUAAAACUACAGUGGUCAUUUUCUGAUAUUACAUUGUCUGUAAUAGUUUUGUUUCUAUAACUGCUUAAAUGGGUUUGGUCAACGUUUAUUUAUUUUGAGUACAAUUAAAAUAUGCUUGUAUCUUAUUUUAACUUUUUAAAUAAUUGAUAAUAUUGUUAAGUAUCAGCAGUAUCUUAAUCAAUCAUCUAUACUAAGCUAUGAAUUAUAAUGAUUUUCUUUUAUAUUUUAGUUAGAUUCUACGCAUUGACAAACUACAAAUGCGUCCAUUUUUAUGAAUGUCCGCCUGACCAAAAAUGAGCCAAUUAGCUAAAAGCACGAGAGUGAGGCGCGAAAGCUGCAUACCUGAAAUCCAAUUGCUUAUCUAUUACUUCAUAUUCACACCGUUUACAGAAAUCGUUUGUUUUUCGCACUUUGAUUGUUUAGUCGUGUUAAAAUAACACGUGCUGGCAGAAUCUUUGUCGCGUUUUGAUUCAGUCUUGUCGGUUGACAAGAAACACUUUGUCGAUGGUGGCCCAACAACAAAAUAAAACGGGUAGGUGAUGAGAUACACCGGACACUUGGUUACUAAAGAGUGAGUUGUAAAAAAAACAUAAUGUGUUCAAUUCCAGGCCUCCCCUCAACAGGUUCAAAUGUGCCUGUACUUAUUUCACGAGUAAACUUAAACCCCUCAUGUGUACUGGUAGAGUUUUGGGGUAAUUUUGAUCAAGAUCGGAAAUUUGCAUAUCAACAACUAAAAAAGGAGAUUCAAUACCCCAGAGAGGGGUUUCGCGAAAACGAUGGAAAUCCUGGGGACUUGUGCCUAGUACGUGUGUAUGAAACGUGGUACAGAGCCCGGGUAGUGUCAAGAGAUGCUGAAGAGUACAGUGUGUUUUUAAUUGAUGAAGGCAGAACACUUCAAGCCACGCUUAAUACACUAGCAUGGGGCAAAAGUGAGUUUUUCUAUCUGCCGCCUGAGGUGGAAUUCUGUGUUCUUGCCAAUGUCUUACCACUGUCUCCAGAGAACAAAUGGACAACAAUGGCCUUGGAGUUCAUGAAGACCUUCUGUAGUAGAAGAGUGACCGCCACUGUUCAGGAUGUUCUAGUGCCUCAUCGAACGUUUCUGCUUGACAUUCCUUGCCUCUCCAGACAGAUGUUUGAAAUGGGGUUUGCCAAAAAACUGUCCAGUGAAAGGUUCAAAGAGUUUGUUACGAGGUCUUUGCAGGCUAACAGCGGAUCUGCAGUGGAUCUUCAGAAGAUUUCUUUCAUCGGGAACAAACCCUUAGAACUCAUUGAGCAAAUGGAGAAAUCACAAUCCUACAUGUAUCCAGAGUUGCAGACCGAUACUGUCGAGACUGUGGUUGUCACAGAAGUAACAAAUCCAUUUCAUAUAUUCUGUCAACUCAAGGUCUUUUCUCAGGAGCUGAGGAAGUUAACUGAACAGAUAACUCUGCAUUAUGAAGGACGACUUGGAACAAAUUUUGCCAGACCAGAGAAUUUGGGCAGCCCUUGUGCAUCAAGAGGAAGUGACGGGAAAUGGUAUCGUUCUGUGCUGCAGCAGGUCAUGUCUGCCAACAAUGUGGUUGAGGUUUUGCAUGUGGAUUAUGGGAAGAAACUAUUUGUACAGGUUGACAACAUCAGACCACUUGCCCCUGAAUUCUUCAGAAUGCCGGUUGUAACGUAUGUGUGCUCUCUACACGGAAUAGUUGACAGAGGUGUUGGUUGGAAAGCCACACAGAUCGAUUUCUUGAAAUCUCUCCUGCUCAACAGAACUGUGAUUGCCAAAUUUCAGUAUCUGAGCCUUUCAGAAGGUGUCCACUAUGUCACGCUUUAUGGUGAGGAGAACACAAACAUCAAUAAGUUGUUUGAAUUGAAACAGAAAUGUGUGCUGGGGUCCGAUAUGACCCAUGAUGACUUUGCUGUUAAGAAGAGCCCAUUGUCUCAAAGGAGCAAAAUGUCAGAGAGAAGCGAGACCAAACACCCAGAUGGAACAUACUCUGACCCUAAAGGGAACAAACCUGUGUUCUUUACAGAAAGUCUCCCACCUAACACCUCCCAUGUAGCUGUUGUGCAACACGUUGACAGCCCUGGAAAGUUUUGGGUUCAGACUCAGCGUUACGCAGAGGAUUUCGAUCAGCUAAUGUACGACCUUGGACUUCUGUACAAUGAUCCAACAAGUACAGAAGGUUUAAUCAGAAAGCCUGUCGCUGGUCUCCUCUGUGCAGCUAAAGCACAAGAUGGUGUGUUCUACAGAGCAGCUAUCUACAAGGUAAUUGACAAGAAAGCAGAAGUUUACUUCCUUGACUAUGGGAACACAGAAAUUGUUGAUUGUUGCAAUCUUCAACAGCUACCUCUGAAAUUCCAGGAGCUACCCGCUGUGGCAGUAAAGUGCUCCCUCCAUGGCAUUAAACCCAAACUGACACAUUGGGAUGAGAAGGCCACAUUGUUCUUUUCCAGGAUUGUUGAAGACAAAGUACUUGAUCUGCACGUCCAAGACAAGUUUCAAGACACCCAUAUUGUUCAGUUAGUGGAACCCAGUUUAGAUGGCGAAAAUGAUGCAAGCAAGUUGUUGUGCAGCGCAGACCUUGCAGAAAGUGAAAAGAACUUUGUGGGCAAACCUGCCUUAAGAUCUUGCAGUUUAAAAAUAUCACACACAGCUGACACAGUCAGGACAAGUACUCAACCUCAAACGCCAUCCAGUUCUUCUGUUGCGACAGAAAGUGCAUCAGCUUUCAAGGAAUGUUUAUUUCCAAUUGGCAGUUCGCUGGAGGUAACCGUGUCCUACAUUGAAAGUCCAAAUGACUUUUGGUGCCAAAAAGCCCAAAAUGCAGCAUGUUUGGAAGUGCUAAUGCAAGAUAUCCAGCGCAUCUAUGCUCACAGCAAAUUUCAGCCUCCUUUUGAAGCUGCUUGUGUUGCCUGUCAUCCUGAAACGGGUAUAUGGUACAGAGCCUUGGUCAUUCACAAACACCAGACACCACAUGUUGAUGUGCUUUUCAUUGACUAUGGGCAGACAACGAAGGUUGGCGUGGAAGAUCUGCGGAAGAUUACUCCAGAAUUUCUGAAGAUGAAGGGACAAGCCUUUCGAUGCAGUUUGUAUAAUCUCAUCCACCCAGUCUCUCACUCCGCUAUAGACUGGAGCCCUGAAGCCACAUUGCAAUUUCAAGAUUUUGUUGAUACUGCAGCCUCCACAAACGUGCCCUUGAAAUGCACCAUUUUUGCUGUGAUGUAUGAUGCCCAGAAGGUUGUGUUCAAUGUGGUGGAUUUGGAAACCCCGUUCCAAAGCAUUUGCAAUCUUCUUGUCCAAAGACAUCUAGCUGAUCGUGCACCCUCUAAAAGGUCUCCCAUUUCACCUUUUCGUCUGGACACCUACUACUAUUCCACACAUGAUAUCAAGACUGGGUGUGAAGAGGAAGUGAGUGUCACCUGUGUGAAAAGUGCCACUCAGUUCUUUUGCCAUCUGGGAAGAAAUUCAGACCAGAUAGAAAAACUUGCUGACAAAGUCAACUCCCUCUGCACUCAACUAGCGGUCACCAAGUGUCCUCAGACGUUCGGAACCGUUUGCUUUGUGAAAUUCACGGAUGGACUUUGGUACAGAGGCCAAAUCAAAUCUACAAAACCGUCCAUCGUGGUUCACUUUGUGGAUUACGGGAACACAAUGGAAGUAAAUAAAUCAUGCUUGCUACCAGUUCCGAUCGAAGCUGGAGACAUAAUGACGGUCCCUGUGCAGGCAAUCGAAUGUGGGCUCUCGGAUAUACCAGACAAUGUACCAGGUGAAGUGGGAAAGUGGUUUCAGAAUUUUGCAGAGGGUGGUUGUUUCAAGGCAUUGAUUGUGGCAAAAGAACCUGAAGGAAAACUAAUAGUAGAACUUUAUGAUGGAAAAAUGAAAGUCAAUGCAUUGAUCAGACAGAAGUUUCACAACGAAAUCCCCCGAAAUGAACUGGGAGCAUUCAAAGACUAUGGCACAAAGAACAAAAAUGCACAAAGCUUGGCAACCCAUGUGAGGGAAAGUUUCAGUGGUCUGACUACAAAUACACCAGAUAUGGUUCAGCAUUUCAGCCAAAGUCAAAGAGGUAAUGGGUUUGAAUCAACACGGAACAGGUGGGGAGUCCAUAAAGAUGGUGGACCAGAACCAACAAAAGACUUUCAGAGGUGCCAUAAUUCCACAAGACCAGAGAUAUCACAAAGAAAACCAAAUGAGUCGACGCUCCCUUGUCAAUCUAAGAAAGAUGAUGUUAAAAUCGAGCCCCAGACGUCUCUCAAAGAAUCACAGCUCCCAGUGCAACCCAUAAAACCAGGUAUGGAAGCCAGUGUUUUCAUCUCGCAUUGCAAUAGCCCCUUUAGCUUCUUUGUUCAGCUGGCAACUGAUGAGGAUGAUAUUUAUUCACUUGUCGAGAAGUUAAAUGAUGGCCAUUUAAAGGAUGUGAAUCUUAAACGCACUGAUAUUCAUGAAGGCGACCUGGUCCGUGCAUUGUUUCCCGAUGAUAACUCUUGGUACCGUGCAGUAGUAAGAAAAAACACUGGUGACACAAUCAAUGUUGAUUUUGUUGACUUUGGAAACACUGCUGCAGUUUCUCCCUCAAAAAUCUGUCAACUCGAACAAUCAUUUGCUUCGUUUCCAAGGUACAGCAUCCACUGCUCGCUAAAUAAACAUAAUGUUGACCGCACAGACCAAGCAUCCAGCUUCAAACAGGUAAUUGAAGAAAACGUGGAUAAGGUCAUGUGCACGUUUGUGAAGCUUUCACAUGCUGUGUGGGAAGUGAAACUUGAUGUUAAUGGUGUGGUGCUUGGAUCCACGUGCAAGGAUGAAAGUCCACCAACAGCUGAGCUUAAGAGCACAAGUGUCAAGCAAAUGUCUGAUGUCACGACAUGCACCUAUUACAAAAACCCUGACCUAUCAGUUGGACAAAUGAUCAAUGGAUACGCCUCAGUCAUCAAAGGUCCUCAACUCUUCUGGUGUCAGUAUGCAACAGACAAACUGCAAGAGAUUGCAGAUGUGCUACAGAAUGUCGGUGAUGUGUUGGAGAAUACAUUGAAGGAGGAUUCUCUGCCAGUGGGGAGUGCUGGCAUUGCCAUUUUCGCUGAAGACAACCUGUGGUAUCGUGCUAAAGUAACCAAUAGGGACCAUGACACAUUGUCUGUUACUUUCGUAGACUAUGGAAACGAAUCCAAAGUAAAUGUAGGUGACGUGAGAGCACUUCCAUCCAAGCUAUCUGAUAUCCCCCCUCAGGCGUUUGACUGCCAGCUGGAAGGCUUUGAUGCUUCCAAUGGUUUCUGGGAUGAAAAGGCAGAUGAUGAGUUUUAUGAGCUAGUUAAUGACAAGCUUUUAAACGUCAACGUUGAGAGAAUGGGAACCUCUGACAUGCCCCACUUUGUCAAGCUGGAGUGUGAUGGUUUUGUCAUUAAUGAUAUCAUGCUACAAUAUUGGAAAAGUCCUGAAGGCCCAUCAGUUGAACUCAUAAAUGGGGGAGAACUUGUCCCCUAUGAAGAUUCACUGGUAACUGAUAUUAAUAUUGGCUCAGAAGGAACUCUUGAAGCAGACAUUGAUGUAACAGAUGAAACAUGUACCCCAGACCUUAAAAUACAACAAGAGGAAGAGACUGAUGUACCAGAAGGUACUGGGUUUGAAAAUGAAGUGCGGGCUGUCCCAUUUGUGAUGGGAGAUGAAAAUGUUCACUCCCCUGAUUUGAUUAUUGUAACACAGGAGCUGGUGUCUGAAUGUGACACAGAACACAAACCGAUUGCUGAUUUCACCAGUAGUUUAUUGGAGCCGACAAACCAGCAUGACUUUGGUCACGAGACUCUCGUAGACUCAACGCUCCAUCCUCCAGUUUUGGCACAACAGUCUGCGGAACUAUCAGAUGCAGCUCCCAAAAACGAUACAGAUGACAUUCUUCAACAGGAACUUGAUUCUGAAUUGUGCCCUGUUGAACCAGAGGGCCCUGUUGAGAUCAUUCAGUCAGACUUUGGCUGUGUAAGGCAGGCUACAGAGAAGAAACCUGUUGGAUCGGAAUGUGUUAUCUGGUCUCACGUAAGAAGAAAUUGGUGUAAGGCACAAAUUUUGAAGGUUUCUGAAGAUGAUGCAUUGGUUCUGCUUGUGGACCAUGACUCUGAGGUGGUGGUCGAUCCACUCAACAUCUAUGAAAUACUGCCAGAAAAGCUAUUAGAGCCAUUAAGCGGUGAAGCUUCAGCUCUGGAUGAUGAGCUAACCAAAGGAAUGCAUCCUGCACAAAUAAAGAUUGUCUCCCAGGCUGAAGAUGCAGAAUAUGAAGCCCCUUUCGGAAUAUCCUCUGACGAUCCAAAAGGUCAUGAGAGUUGUAAAAGACUCGUGGAGCAGAUGGAUCCAGGUGAUAAACAGCUUCAAGCGGAGGAACCUGUGUCCUGUUCUGAAGGCUUGGUUGAAGUUUCUGAAGAAGUGUCAGGGGCAGGAGCACAACUAGUUGAAAUACUGAACUCUACUGCAUAUUUAGAGCACCUACAAAACAGAGAGCCCCAGGAUGACACAAAUUCUUCAGCUGGAGAGCAAAAAGGGGGUGAAAAUAAUAUGGUGGAUUUACUGAUGGAUUUCCUUGACGUUGAGAUCCUGGAGAAGGUACAGGAAGAUGUUUGCCAAGCUGGAUCCGAAAGGGAUGCUUUGCUUGAGGAGUUCAACACAGGUGUUACUGCAGAUCUUCUUGUUCUGACCAGUGACGAUGGAGCAGAAUCAGACACUGGGUCUGAUGGAACGCUCCAGGGAGACAGAGACGAUGCUGAAGAAUAUUCAUGUGUACAAGAAAGGCCAAAUGCAUCUGAUUGCACCAGUGCAGAAGAGCAGGAUUUAAGAGUCACUCAUCUGACAUUAAAGGUGGAAGAUCAAUCUGAUGAUGUUAUUUUUGUUGGUGUUUUGCAAGAAUCCCAAGCAGAAGUAUGUCAGCCAGAACAGAAGUGACUAAUUUAAACACCCUGAGUUUAUGUAUCCUGAGGGACAUGUUACUGUUUUUUUCCUAUAAACGCUAACAGUUUGGUGUAUUUUGUAAAGGUGUUUUUGUUCAAAUCCGAAAUCUGAUUUUAUUUAUAAGUAUAAUAUUUAUAUACGUUUAAUAUAUAUUAUAUGUAUAUAAAUAUAUAACUUGUUCUAACAUUUCUAGGAAUUCAUUUCUUUUGCAGUUUUGAAGGCUGUCUUGUUUGUUCGUUUUCAUCACACAGCCUUUCGUGAAUUACAGAGAUUCGAAUUGGGAUUUCUAAAUCCUAUUUAUGCAAAUACUUAAUUAAAACUUGUGUUAAUGGGUUAAGUUUCAUUAAAAAAUAUGCAUCACUUGCA